AUUUUACUUUGUUAUUCCUUCAGAAGUGAAAAGUAGUCUUUCUUCUUGUGUGUUGAAAUAAACCUUUUUAAAAUAUGGAAGAAGAUAAUUAUGAACGCAAUAUUACUAACAGUACUAUUUAUGAAUAUACAAGUUCAAUUUACAAUCUUACUCAAGAAGAUAGUAAUUGGAUAGUUACCAGUUCUUUUAUCAUUUUCACUAUGCAAACAGGUUUUGGUAUGUUAGAAUCAGGAUGUGUUUCUUUAAAAAAUGAAGUCAAUAUAAUGAUGAAAAAUGUGGUAGACAUAGUUCUUGGUGGACUAACUUAUUGGAUAUUUGGAUUUGGCAUGAGUUUUGGUGUAAAUAGACCCACUAAUUUUUUUGUUGGUAGUGGAGGUUUUUUAAUUGAUCCACCUGUAGGCAGUGAACUUAUGGGUCCCAUUUGUGCUGCAUUUUUAUUUCAAUUAAGUUUUGCUACAACAUCUACAACUAUUGUUAGCGGUGCAAUGGCUGAACGAUGUAAUUUUAAAGCUUACUGCCUUUUCUCUUUUUUAAAUACAAUUAUAUAUUGUAUACCAGCUGGGUGGGUAUGGGGUGAUCAUGGAUUUUUAAAAUCUUUGGGUGUGGUUGAUAUAGCUGGAUCAGGGCCAGUACAUCUCGUUGGUGGAAUUUCAGCUCUUGCAUGUGCUAUAAUGCUUGGACCAAGACUAGGCAGAUAUGACUCUGGAAUAGAUCCUUUACCUUUGGGCUGUCCUGUAAAUGCUAUAAUGGGAUUGUUCGUACUAUGGUGGGGAUGGCUAGCAUUUAACAGUGGCAGUACAUAUGGUGUAAGUGGUCAACGUUGGCAAUAUGCUGCGAGAGCAGCUGUUUCUACAAUGAUGGGAAGUAUAGGUGGUGGUUUAGUUGGCCUUGGAUUUAGUUUGACUAAUCCAAAUGGGAUUGAUAUUUUGAGUCAAAUAAAUGGAAUUCUUGGUGCAUUGGUUGCUAUUACAGGUGGAUGUUUUUUGUACUGUGCUUGGGAAUCAAUAAUAAUAGGGAUGAUAGGUGGAUUUAUUACUUGUUUUUCAAUGCCGAUGUUAGAUAAAAUACACAUUGAUGAUCCUGUUGGAGCAUCUGCUACACAUGGAGCAAGUGGAAUAUGGGGCGUUAUAGCUAUUGGUUUGUUCGCUGAUAAUCCAUAUCCUCUAGACACUACCAGUGGUAGAAGUGGUUUAUUCAAGGGUGGAGGUUGGUAUCUGUUAGGUGUACAAUGUUUAUCAGUAUUAUGCUUGAUUAGUUGGAGUUUUAUUUCUUCCAUAAUAUUACUGUGGUUAAUUGAUAAAAUCUUACCAAUAAGAAUGAAAGAGGAUGAAGAAUUACUUGGUGCUGAUUUAGUAGAACAUAGAAUACGACACGUACAGAUUGGAGUGAGCAGAGCAAUGUCUGCUUUUGAUUCUUCUACAUUAGUUGAUACUUUAAAUAAAGUGCAUCCUGUGGGAAUAAAUCCAGGUCAUAAUUUAUACAUUUCAAAAAACAAACGUAAAAAGUAUAGAAAUUUGAUAAAUAUUAAUAAUUUACGUACUAAAAAAAAAUCUUUGAAUUCACCGAUACAUGCAGUAACAAAUUCUGCAACAUCUAUAAAAAAUAUACCACAAUUAGCAUGGAUUGAUUAAAAAAU